UGUGGAAACCGCGCAGACCUCCUCGAGUGGCCCUGCACUCCCCGCCGGCCAUCAGCUAGGUCUAAACCCCGCCUAGCCCAGGAGUAUCCCGCCCCGUCGGAUCCGAGGAGUUUCUAGCAGUCGACUUGAAGGAGCAGAGCAAGGGACACCUCCGAAGAGUCUGCAGUCUCUCCGACGCUGGCAGCCUGCACUUACUUGCCCAGCACUGCGCACCCCCGGCGGCGUCCGCGCCUGAGCGACAUGGAGAGCCCCCUCGGGGUGUGACUCGCCCCACCUCCCUGGCAGCUCUCAGGGCACAGCGCUUGACACCUCGCUUGCGCCCGCCUCCGGAGGUGGGUGCCACCUCGCACGGGCUCCUGGCUGUAGUGAACGCAGGUCCACCGACAGCCUCCAGGACCUCCCGGAUGCUGCAAUCCGCCUGCCUCUCCGAGAGAGAACAGCAGAAGACCCGGGGCCGAGUCAGCCCUCACCGAGCGCGCUGGGAGCCGGAAGGGGACUCUGCAUUGGGAUCCCUCUCCUUUUGUGUGUGGGUCUCACUGCGCUCCUGCUCUUAGACCCUAGUCCUCCCAGGUACAGGUCGGGAAAGGGGGGUGCAUCUCUCCUCCCGACGACUCGCCAUGAGCAGUAACUCCACUGACAAGUGCGCUGAUCAACUUGUGCUCGGGUCAGACGCAAGCCCAGCCAUCAGCUCGGUGAUGUUCUCAGCUGGGGUGCUGGGGAACCUCAUCGCGCUCGCGCUGCUGGCGCGCCGCUGGCGGGGAGACUCCCGGCACGGCGCAGGACGCUGGAACCCCAUCUCCUUGUUCCUCGUGCUGGUGACAGAGCUGGUGUUCACCGAUCUGCUUGGGACCUGCUUCAUCAGCCCAGUGGUGCUGGUUUCAUACGCGCGGAAUCAGACCCUAAAGGCACUGGGUGCGUGCCACUAUUUCGCCUUCACCAUGACCUUCUUCAGCCUGGCCACGAUGCUCAUGCUUUUUGCCAUGGCCUUGGAACGCUACUUAUCCAUCGGGCACCCCUACUUUUACCAGCGCCACAUCACACGCCGCGCGGGCCUGACGGUGCUGCCCGCCAUCUAUGCGGUUUCCCUGCUCUUCUGCUCCCUGCCUCUGCUGGGCUAUGGAGAGUACGUCCAGUACUGCCCCGGGACGUGGUGCUUCAUCAAGUCAGAGCACACGGGGUACCUGAAGCUUUACGCCUCCCUGCUGCUGAUCCUCAUCACGGCGGUACUUGUCUGCAACCUCAGUGUCAUUUUCAACCUCAUCCGCAUGCACCGACGCAGCAGGAGGACCCGCUGCGGACCCUCAGUGGGCAGUGGUCACAGUGGCUUUGGGAGCCGCAGAAGAGGGGAGAGGGUGUCCAUGACAGAGGAGACAGACCACCUCAUUCUCCUGGCUGUUAUGUCCAUCACCUUCGCAGUCUGCUCCUUGCCUUUCACAAUAUUUGCAUAUAUGGAUCAACAGCAGGAAGAGUUGGCAGGUCAUGCCACCAAGUGGGACCUUCCAGCUCUUAGAUUUUUAUCAAUUAACUCAAUAAUUGACCCUUGGGUCUUUGCCAUCCUCAGGCCUUCUGUGCUAAGACUGAUCCGUUCUGUCCUCUGUUGUCGGAUUUCAUUAAGAACACAAGAUGCAACCCGAGCUUCCUCUUCUACACAGUCAAAUGCCAAAACACAACUGACCUCUGUGGACAGUAGUUAAGAAGCGCUUAGUAAGCAAGCAUCUGGAAAAGCUUUCUGAAAUGGUUCCUUGAAGAAAUGGAAAAAGUUAAUUUAUAAACAAAAUGAAGCUACUCUAAUAAAACAGAGUCAACAAAUGUUCACACAGUGGAUUGGGCUGCAGACUGAUAUUGCAUUCUUGGAAGGUAUCAGAAAGAUCUAUAAAACCUACCUAUAAAACCUAUCUAUAAAACCUCAAUGAGUGAGGUACAUGGCCUUUAGAGGAACAACCAACUAACUGCACUUAAGAUGGGGUUGUCUUUUGAUUUAAGCUUUCCUGUUGAAUGAGAAAGCGUGAUUUAUUAUUUGUUUAAAGCUCUAAAUAGUUACUAUGUUUCUAUUUUGAUCUUCCAUGAUACUACCGCUAUAAACACACAGUGUACAGUCAGAUCAGAUAAAACUUCGUAUGUUUUCUCUAGGAAGUCCACAUGUGGCUCUGACAAGCCUGGUGUCUUGUGAUUUCUUAAUAAACCUUAUUUGGACAAUGAGGUUGAAAAUCUUAGGCACGUUGUAUUGUGAUGUUUAUGUAUGUGGGAGUAUUCUCUCGUCACCAUAUUGUUACUCUUAGAAGAGUGAGCUCAGUCUGUUGACGUCAGUCAGCUAGUCCCCAGAAGCUAUGCAUCAAAGCGGGAGGUCACUUAUUUUAUAAUCUCCAUUGGGCUAGUGGUAAUCAAGAAGACUUUAGGAAUUUUCCUCUCAACAAGAUAUAAAGAAAGGUUAUUAAGAGAGCUAAUUCUGACUAAGUAUUCUUUACUCUGUUUCCAAGGGAAGAUAUGUGAUUAUAUCCAAAGCCAAAAAUUAGGAUUAAAAUCUGAAAAACCUGGGCAAUUCCUCAGAUACACUGGAACUCUUAUAUGCUGAUGUUGUGAUCAUGACUAACAUACUUUGUAAGAUAACUGUGUUGUAACAAAAUUCCUCUGUCUAUAUUUUAUCUAGGAAAUAUGGUUUGACUCAUAUAAGAAGUCAUGUAAUGUGAGUCAUAUCUUAAUAUAUUUCUAGACUUAAAUAUUUGGCAUGUUCUAAACAAAGUAUCAAAAUAUUUCAGUAAAUUUACAUUGUUUAAUCAUAGCUUAGUCAAUUGUGAUUCAACUGAAAUGCUAUAAACUAUAAAACAAAAUUUUGAAAAUGGAAUAGAAUUUGAUGAAUUCCCCCAAUAAUAUUUUAUAAUGUGUGUAGAUGUAUCUUUUAAGUGAGAUAAAAGUAGACAUGUUCUUUUUUAUUUGGCAGGUUUUUAAAACACGAAUACCUUGUAAAUCGGAGUUUAAAAUAUUCAAUACAGUAUUUGGUGUUAGAGAAUUUUUUUUCUUUAAGCUUUUAUCCUCAUAGCAUGAUCUUUACAACAGUAGAACUACUUUCUUUUGCAGUAUUAUUACAGAACAACUCUGUUUUUAAGAAAGGGGGGCGGCUGUUUUUAAGCUUCAUUAAGUUGCUUAUGCAAAACCACUUCCUACAAGUAGUUAUCAAACUAGAUGAUGAUUUUGAGUAAUUCCAAACCAAUGGAAGCAUCGAGGUAUUUCAAUACAAUCUAUGUAAAAUCAGCCCUUAUCUUAAAAGGAAUAAAUAAAUGGUUUUCUUUUAUAUUAUUUUUUUUUAAAAAAGAAUAGGUAAAAUUUACCCUACUAAACUCUGGACUUAUAAAUAAAUAUUCUUUAUCACCAAGUAUUCCAAAGUUAAUACAGUGUUCUAAAUGGGACUAAAUAGGCCACUGGAUAAUUCCCAUACAUAAAAUUCUGAAGUUAUUUUGAAUCUGGAAGACUGAUUUCUUUUAUUAAAUGACCUUUUUUCCCCUUCAAAUGAAAAUGUUAACUUCAAUCCUUUAUCUUACCUCACUCAGCCCCAAAAUUCUGGAAUGAUGUCUCAGAACUUAAAAAUAAUUAGGCAAAAUAUCACUAGUAGGUAAAACAUGAUUCACUCUGAGGGUCUAAAUUUAAAUGAAGGGGACUCCCUGGUGGCACAAGGGGUUAAGACACAACCUAUGAAGCUGUCCCACCCUCUGCAGCAAGGGUUUGAUUUCUGGCCAGCCAGGAAGCAACCCACCUGGCUUACCCACUGCUCUCCUCGGCAGUGUACUUCAGUCAAAUCUGUCUCUGUUGAAUCCUCUUUCCGCCCCUCCCCCCACGCCUCUAGCCUGUACCCCAGCUCUUGUAUACAUAAAUAAAUAAAUCUUUUUAAAAAAGCAAAUUUAAUACCGGAUGGUCUCACUCAUAGCAGGAAUCUAGAAAACUUAAAUAAGGGACCAGGAAAAAGAAUAACUAUAAGAAAGAAAAUAUCAAAAUCAACAAACAACUAUGAA